AUGUCGGUCUCAUCUCAUUCCUCAGGAGCUGGAAGUCGUGUAGGUUCACCUGAGGAUGAAAAUGGAAAAUCAAGAUCUCAAUUACCUGCUUCGCCAACGACUGGAAAACAGGAUCGAUUCGCAGACAUGAAACGUCGUUCGGCGUAUGCAUUUAGUAUUUUUGCUAAUGAAGAACGGGAAAAGCUUCUGAAAACACAUCCUGACCUACCUAUGGGUCUCGUAACACGAAUGAAUGCUGAUGGUCCGCUCAGUGACGCGAUCCCGGCGAAAAGAUUGCGUCCCAUUAUUCCCUAUACAAAGAUAUCUCUACCUGUAAAUGAUCAACCUAUACGAGUAGAAGCUGUUACUGAACAGCAACCAGGAAAAGUUAUAUUUGUACAAGGACGAGUUAAUCCCGUUACGGAACUUCCCAAAAUAUUAAAUCCUUCCUCAAUAUCUGCCUCGAUUGCUCAUGCCCUUGGAAUGCCCAUUGCAGCACAAUCACAAAGGGCACCAGUGGUAGCCCGUGUGAGUCCUCCUCCACUUAGAUCGUCGACUGUGCGCUCCCGACCUACUCCAACCGUGGUUUCUUCGCAACAGAUAACGGCCAUGCCCAUGUCUGUUCCUACGGCUCCAGUAGAGGUAGAAGUACGGCCCACAGCUACCAGUGGGUUCGCGAGCUCUCAGCAAGCUUUGGAAAUGUUUUAUCUAGCUCUUUGUGAGCCUGCAUUCCCUCAUCCAAAUGAACCUCCAUUGACUCCAUAUCCAGCCAACUAUUGUUAUGACGAGUAUCUACGAUUGACAUCCGGUCAGGGUCCACUCUAA